GAAAUAGCUCGGGACAGACACACAGAGGAGACAUGGCCUCUCUAUUCAAGAAGAAGACCGUGGACGAUAUAAUCAAGGAUCAGAAUAAGGAGUUAAAAGGACAACAGAGGGCUAUAACCAGAGACCGGACAGCCUUGGAGAAACAAGAAAAACAGCUGGAAAUGGAGAUAAAGAAGAUGGCAAAGGCGGGUAACAAAGAUGCCUGCAAAGUACUGGCCAAGCAGCUGGUACAGCUUCGGAAGCAAAAAACUCGAACAUACGCCGUCAGUUCCAAAGUCACAUCGAUGUCAACCCAGACCAAAGUUAUGAGCUCGCAGAUGAAGAUGGCCGGUGCAAUGUCAACAACAGCAAAGACGAUGCAAGCGGUAAACAAAAAAAUGGACCCACAGAAAACCCUCCAAACCAUGCAGAACUUCCAGAAAGAAAACAUGAAAAUGGAAAUGACAGAAGAAAUGAUAAACGACACCCUGGAUGAUAUUUUCGAUGCGUCCGAAGAUGAAGAAGAAAGCCAAGACAUUGUGAACCAGGUGUUGGAUGAAAUUGGAAUUGAAAUCUCAGGAAAGAUGGCGAAAGCACCAUCAGCAGCCAAAGGUCUACCAUCUGCAUCUGCCUCCAAAUCCACAGGCAUCUCCGAUGAAGAGAUUGAGAGACAGCUGAAGGCAUUGGGAGUAGAUUAACUGUUCCCAUUAUCAGGCCUUUCCCUUUGCUUCCCAUUAAACCGAGGGAACCUGGGCUGACUCUACCUACGGAACUGGACAGUAUCUGCUUUCUAGAAGAGCAAUAUAUUUUUUAAAGAAAAGGAUUGAUGGAAGCACUGCAGUUUCUGUUCUCUAAUGGACUCCAGGGACAUGUAUAAUAAUAACUGUAAAUAGAGCAGUCGUUAGUUGUAUAAAUACAAAACCCACUGUAUUUCUCACAGGUAACAAAUGGCUGCUCUCAGUGUAGCAUUUUCUCCUCCCAUAAAUUUAUUUGGCGUGUAUAUUUUGAUUUCAAUCAAUGAAAAAUCAUUAUUAUUCUGAAGACAUGGCAAAUUCAGCCCGCAAUACAUCCAAUUAUUUUAAUUCUGUAAAUAUUGCCCUUUUACAUCUCUUGCCUUGAGCAUCAUUUUGUGAUGGUCUGUGUGCUGCCUCAGAGAUCACCUGACCAGAAAUACUGCAGCUCUAACUGUAACAGGAAGAGAUCACCUGACCAGAAAUGCUGCAGCUCUAACUGUAACAGGAAGAAGUGUGGGAGAAAAAGACAGAUCUCUGUCUGUUAAUUGGCUCCUGUGACCAACAAGUUUGGUUUGUAUGUGUGCACAGUGAUCGUACGAUUCCAGGGGGCGGCCCUUAUUUUUUAAAAUGGCAAUUUUUCUAUUUGUGAUUACCCAAUGGCACAUACUACUAAAAAAAGUAUAUUAUAAUGAAAAUAGUUUAUUUACAUGAAGCAGGGUUUAACAUAUGAGCUGUUUUGUGCAAUAUCUUUUUAUAGAGACCUACAUUGUUUGGGGGGUAUCGUUUUCCUUUAAGCAAAAAAAAAAUCCACCAUUUGACCUUAUUUAUCAUUGUAAAAACUUGAUAAAUAAAAGUUUAAUCCUGUCAAUAAAUAGUGCUAAGUUUCCCUU